GGCAAUGUUGCCUACGUCACGCUAACAGUACUGACUUACAAAUCUAUUUUAACGAAUCUAGUGACAAUUUACGAACUUAUCGUAAUUUUUUAAUCAUUUGGCUCGUGAACCAAAGAUUAAUGUUGUAGCUACGUUUGAUUUUAUGAUGUGCCUCAAGAUUGCUCGUAAAAUGUCCAGUUUCUGGAUUGAUGCGAAAGAAUAUACUGGAGCGAAGUGUUUAAGAUAUAAAGUGGGCUGAGUACCAAAAUAUGGACGGAGAAAGGAAAGGAAUUUCACAUUGCAACGACCUGUUUGAUUCACCAAAUACGCCCCAGGCAAGCUCUGUUUGUAGUACAGAGGAAAGUCGUUUGUACGUCAGCCCAAUUGUGAUUCAGUUGCAACAAAGUGAACCAAGAAGUACAGGAAAUGUGUCGAAAUCGCUCCAUUCAACUUCUUCAAGCUCGAGUGUCGUAUGCAGAAUUUGUCACGAUGAUGACAAGACUGGCAUGUUAAUUUGUCCAUGUGACUGUUUAGGGGCACUAGGACUGAUUCAUAUUAGUUGCCUUGAAAAAUGGCUGUCAACUUCAAACACAGAUAAAUGUGAAAUAUGCCAAUUUAGAUUCAAAAUUGUACGGAAACCUGGGUCAUUUUCGCAGUGGUUGAAGAGCAAUGACAAAAUGGGAGCAAAAACAGUGUUGGGGGAUCUCCUGUGUCUUGCUUUACUUACACCAUUAAGUCUUGCCUCCGUCUAUAUAUGCAGUUUCGGCGCCUUUAUAUAUAUGAGCCAUGGAGCAUGGGAAGGGGUAGGUCUUGCUGUGGUUGGUUGUUUCCUGCUGAUGGUAUUCCUCCUGUGGUGUGGUGUAACAGCAAGGUAUCAUUGGAAGCUGCUGAAGGAAUGGCAGAGGAAGUAUCAAACAGUUCAUGUUUUGUUAACUGGAAAGAAAACUCUCAGUGAAUGUAUUGAAAAGCAACAUUCACCAGCAAACAGAAAUGCUACUCAUCAUGAAGAUAUUGAAAUGAGUGUCUUCGUAUGAUGGAUACUCUUUUGUAAUGUUAUUUAUUUGCUGCUGCUCACUAUUUUUAAAUAUGUAUAUUUUUAAUUAUUUAUAUGGAAGUUACUAAUGUAACACUAGUUGUCAGUUUUGAAGCAUUCCAGUGUCACCAAAUUUUGUUUGAGGGUGGCAGAUUGUUUCAAAUAAUGACAUGAGGGAUCCAAAAGAUGUAAGAGCUCCUAAGGCAGCCAUUGCAUAUUGUUAAACUGAGCUCCAGUUCUUCUAAUAUUCAGUGCCUUGUGUUACACGGUUAACGAUUUUAUACAUUAAUAUACAUGUUAUAUUUUAUGAAGUGCCUUGGCUGUUGGUAUAAACAACAGCAGAUAACAGUCGUGUGUUAUUAUAGGUGAUGUCUGUUUUUAGACUGAUUAAUGUAAGUGAAAUGACCAGUAUUAAUGACAGCUUUAAAAGGUGUAAACAAUUAUUUUAACUCCAUUUCUUUAACUUUUUAAUCAGUAAUUUCAAGUGCCUUUUUAACAGUACAGAUUUGUUAUUCUUGUCUUAUGUAAGUAUUAUUACCAAUGUUGAAGUACAAAAUGUUACGUCACUUACCUUCUCUAAAAAGUACUAACAAUAUGAACAGCCAGGAAUUUUCAAAGUUAAGAUAAGAACACAAAGAAGUGUAACAGUAUUGCAUGCAAAUACUGUAAUAAUAUUCACCCACAUUAUUUUUAGUGUUUCAUCAUGUUGUGAUAAAUGUACACUAAUUUUCUUUUGUACAUCUUUGAAAGAACAUUUUAUGAUAUCAGCUUCAAACCUGCAUUCUGUGUUGAGUGAGUGAGAAUGCCCUUUGUUUCCAUUUUCAGGGAAUUUUUAGUCUUGUAUUUCUGGAAGUUUCUGGUGCAGCAGCAGCAGCUGCUGCUUGUUGCUUUACUUUAUAAACUACAUGACAUAAUCACUAAUAAAUGAAAAACUCCAUGUCUGAAACUGUGAGAAGAGUGCCUGAUCUUAUGUUAAUGCCUAUUCCAUGCAUUCUUUCCUGAAUCUGAAGGAAAGGA